GAAAGAAGAAAGAUGUGAACCAGAAAGAGAAAUAAAAAGCAGAAGGGAAGGCUUCUGUCGCCAUUAUCUCUCUCUCUCUCUCCCUCUCGGUGUGAAAGCAUUGAAUCUCUCUGUCUCUCCAUUUCAUAACUGAUUUUGCGGCGUCUUGCAGUUUAUUUCCGGAGUCUGUAAUUGAUCGUGAUGCCCGAGUGCUGCUUCCAUUUCCCUGCGCAAUCCAAACAGGUAGGCAGCUGUUCUGCUGAGAUGGAGGCUCACUUCAGCAAACAUUCUGUGCAAGAGAUUACAUGUUAGAUUCCGUGGAACCCGUCGGUCUCGACUAUGGCAACUACUGGCUUGGGUCAUGGAGGAGCAGGGAGUUCGAGAAGCACCGAAGGCUUCCCGAAUUUGUCCACUUCAGUAGACUGGUUGGGAAGAGAAAUGAUUGAGCUGAGGUUGAGGGACAGAGUGGACAUUGAUGAUGAUAAAGAUAGCGAACCAGAUAUAAUCGAUGGUGUGGGCGCAGAAACAGGUCACAUAAUUAGAACCACUAUUGGUGGUAGAAAUGGCCAACCCAAGAAGACUGUGAGCUACAUAGCAGAACAUGUGGUAGGAACGGGAUCUUUUGGUGUCGUUUUCCAAGCAAAGUGUAGAGAGACCGGAGAAAUUGUGGCAAUUAAGAAGGUUCUUCAAGAUAAGCGCUACAAGAAUAGGGAGUUGCAGAUUAUGCAAAUGUUGGACCACCCAAAUAUCAUUGCUCUCAAGCAUUCAUUCUUCUCAACAACAGACAACGAAGAGCUAUAUCUCAAUCUUGUCCUUGAGUAUGUUCCUGAAACUCUUAAUCGAAUUGCUAGGCAGUACAACAGAAUGAACCAGCGUGUACCAUUAAUAUAUGUCAAGCUAUACACCUACCAGAUAUGCAGGGCGCUGGCUUAUAUUCACAACUGUAUUGGUCUAUGUCAUCGCGACAUCAAGCCUCAGAACUUGCUGGUGAACCCACAUACACAUCAGCUGAAACUGUGUGAUUUUGGAAGUGCAAAAGUUUUGGUGAAAGGGGAACCCAAUGUAUCCUAUAUCUGCUCAAGAUAUUAUCGGGCUCCCGAGCUUAUAUUUGGUGCCAAUGAAUACACUACAUCUAUUGAUAUUUGGUCCACAGGUUGUGUCAUGGCCGAACUGCUUCUUGGACAGCCUUUGUUUCCUGGAGAGAGUGGGGUUGAUCAAUUAGUGGAGAUUAUAAAGGUCUUAGGAACACCAACCAGAGAGGAGAUCAAAUGCAUGAACCCAAACUAUACUGAAUUUAAAUUUCCACAGAUAAAACCCCACCCAUGGCACAAGGUUUUUCAAAAACGUUUGCCACCAGAAGCAGUUGACUUGAUUUCUCGAUUCUUCCAGUACUCCCCACAUUUGAGAUGCACUGCUUUGGAGGCUUGUGUUCAUCCUUUCUUUGACGAGUUGAGGAACCUGGAUACCCGUUUGCCUAAUGGUCGUCCCCUUCCACCUCUCUUCAAUUUUAAACCUCAAGAGCUCACUGGCAUCCCUCCUGAAACUCUUCAUCGUCUGAUUCCAGAACAUGCUCGGAGGCAGAACUUGUUCAUGGCCUUACGGUCCUAAUUUCACGUUUGGAAUAUCUCCUCUGCGGUUUGUAUGUAAAAUGUGUUUUCCAAACCAAAAUUUUCUUGGAAGCUCUGAAACAGCCCCCACAAAUGUUUUGGCAGGCAGAGUUUUGUUCAUUUUGUAGGUGCGCCGAUAGCCAAGAGAAGCCGGUUUGGUUAGUUGUAGUCUGUGUGCUUUAUUACAGUGUGUGUUUUUUUUCGUUUGUGGUUUUGUUUUUGCGCAUUGCAAGCCGCAUGAUGUUUGUAUAUUAUUGUAUUGUUCAAGAACACAGUUGUUGUCAACGAAAUUGUAAAGAAGAUUGGAUAAAAAGUUUGCAGGAGCUGCUUAUGCAUGAAUGAAAGAUGCAUGUUUUU